AUGGCUGGAUCAAUCGUCGCCGAGCCCUUGCACCCGCACAACGGCUUCAAUUGGGUCUUUUUGGUUGAGCUGCUGAUAUGCGGCAUCCUCACCAUCUUCUUUCUCUUCUACUCGAACCGCCUCUUCGCGACGCUCGUCUCGUACGCCAUCCGCGCAUACACCUGGCACGCUUUCGACGCUUACAUCGACAUCACCGCCCUCCAGAUCUCGCUGCUCGGCGGUCGCGUCUUCUUCAAGGACAUACGCUACCACGGCCACAAUGAGACGAUCCUGGUGCACGGCGGCUACAUCACAUGGAACUACUGGUUGCGCCGAGUGAGGGACGCUGGGGUGUAUGCCGAUGCGGACCCCUCUACAGCUUCCGACUCAGACACCGACUCAGACAGCACUCAAGCGCCAAGUACCGGAGGCGCAUCAUCUCGCACUCGAAGCGGGAAUGCAGACAGGGCUGAGAAGGGAGGCAAACAGACGCAGAAGCAGCUUCCAUGUCGCAUUUCCGUCAAGAUCUCAGGCGUCGAGGCUUUCAUGUACAAUCGCAGCCCCGGAUAUGACGCUAUUGUCGAAGCAGUCCAGCGCAAGACAGGCAGCCCAGAUGCUCGUGCGGCGCACCAGCAUGAGGAGCAUCAUCACGAGAAGCUGAAGAAGACGCCCCCCGAAAAGGACAGCAAUGUUGCGCGAGCCAACACCAAUGCUUCUCUGGCGUCGAAGCCAAGGAAAGCCGACCUUCCCGCCUUCUUGAGGAUGCUACCGGUUUACGUCGAGGUCAACAAGGGAGCUAUCGUAGUUGGCAACGAAAAUACACCGGCUGUCAUGACCGCUCAAUUCGAAAAGGCCACCGGAACCCUCGAUGCGUCGACAUGCGGUCCCUUGGAUGUCUACCAACAACUCUUCAAAUUCAAUAUCACGCACCCUGUCGUGCACAUGAAACCCAAUCCUGACUACAAGACUGCCCAACUUGACUCCGCUGCGCAAUUCAAAGCCGAGGCCGAGAAUGGUGUUCCAGAAGAGCAUAUUGUCGAGAAGAAGGCGGGUCCCAGAAGACGCAAGCGUUGGACGAAGGCCCUCCCAGACCUGUCGGGCUUCUUUGCCAGCUCUUCGGAUUCUGUUCACACUCACACAAGGGCUGGUGCCACCAAAAACUCCAAGAUCUUCACUCCUCAAUGGCAAUUCCCGGGACAUGAUCGCUGGAAGGGUUUGGCGCGAUAUCUUGAUGACAGCCAGGACAAUGGCCAUGGCGAGUGGGAUGGAGUCGAAUACGCAAAGACAUCGCUCAUCGCCGACUGUCCAUCCGUCAGCGUUACUUUUUAUUGGGAUUCAGCUGGGCCGGUACCUAACGAGGUUGACAACAACAGGUACAUCGACCCUGACCGUCCACAUGACAUCAAUGGUAGUGCUCCACCUGGAUAUGGGAUGGAUGUCGAGAUCUUUGGAGGGUUGGUCAACUAUGGACCUUGGACGGAUCGGCACAGAGGCGUAUUUCAAUCCAUAUUCUUCCCUGGAACGCCUGUCGAUGCCGUUCCCGCCUCACCGUUAAAGGCCGGUGAAUUUCGCGUGCUUUCACUCUUCAAGCUGUUUCUUAGCUUCGAAGACGACACAGUGCUUAGAAUCCCAAUUCGUGAACCAUCGAAAGACUGGAAGUGGAAAGGCAAAGCGCACACAUUGGCAGGACACGAAAUUUCAGGGACCGAUAAGACAAAAGGCAAACCAAAAGCGCGCAGAAGAAGAGGGAAGCAGCGUGAUACAAAUGCUGCACAAAACGUUCGGCCGUUUGCAUGGAUUGAUGUCAAAGUUGCCGGUAACUCUUCUAUCAACUAUGUCAUGGACAUGGUCGCAUCGAGUAACGGGUUUAAAAGCAAGCUGGACGUUGAUAUCGCGAGUACUGAGAUCUUUUCCAGUGUCAAUCAUGCCUUACUGUGGCGCUCCGGAGCUCUGACACUUGACUGCGACCUGUCUGCACCCAUCGCGUGGAAUACACUGCGGAAAUGGAUGUUCAAUAUCAAGUGCCGAGAUCUGGAAUUGUUCAUAUUGAGAGACCAUCUGUUUCUUCUAACAGACCUUGUCGCCGAUUGGGGAUCCGGCCCACCACCCGACUAUUUUUUGUUUGUACCUUUCCAGUAUCUUCUCAAUAUCGACUUCAAGAAUUUCAAGUUGUACGUCAACACAAACGACUCCAACAUCGUCAACAAUCCGGCGGAUCUGGACGAUAAUAACUUUCUUGUCGUGUACGGUCAACGUAUACAUGGAGACGUGGUCAUACCGCUAGACAAGUUUCGACCGCUUCAAAAUGCAAUCAAGUUCGAUAUUCACGGCCAAGAUCUCGGCCUCGAAUUUCUCAUGCCUGAAAAAAAUACGCUAAAAACAUUUGUUCAGUCACCAAAUGUGGCAGAGCUCGGCGGUCUUGCUUUAGCUGGGAGUUACAGUUUCAUGUCCGAAACCUCUACGAUGAACACUGACAGACUUUUCAUGGAUGUUAAAGGCCACAGGUUGAACCUUAGAUUAUAUGGCUGGCUCGUCCACCAAUUUCUCAAGAUCAAAGACAACUACUUUGGCGAUGACAUGCACUUCAAGACGCUUGAAGAGUUUCAAGGUCUUCCAAGUGUCAACCUAGCGGUAGACGGUGCAGAGCCAAACGAUCAGCCCGCUAAGAUCUCAAACGACUUGGAUGUCAUGCUAUGCGUUUCUGUAGACCAGUCCAGCAUUCUCUUGCCUGCCAACCUUUAUUCUGCACAACGUAGCAUUCGAGCUGACCUACCAUUCGCAUCAGCAGACCUUAGGUUCACCAAUUACUACAUGGAUCUCUUGCUCAAUUGCAGUCCAAUCAGCCUCUCACUCGGGGGUACCAAUGCGGAUCCGGAGUCUUCUAACGAGUUUUCGAGCGGUCGCACUGAGCUUUUCAUUGACUCUAUUGUCAUAGCUGGGCACCGUCUUUUUGGACUUCCGCCGACUGAACCUACAUACGUUUGCCACUGGGACUUUGAAGUUGGAAAAAUAUCAGGAGAAUGCACUCCAGAGUUCAUUGAAACGGCUGCUGGAGCUGGACGUUCCUUUGCAUUCACUUUCGAUGACGACGAGAACACACUUGUUCUCACCGAGAUCCCGGUGAUCCACGACGCAACUUUCUUUAGACUGAGAACACAAAGUGUCCAAGUCUGGCUACAUGUCGCCCGGGAAGCUCUGCUCUUUAGUACUGGUCCUAUCGCAUUAGAUUUCAAUGACCUAGCAGGCAACACAUUCUCACAACGGCUUAGCGCCUACAUUCCAGAUCUCACAAUUGGUACUGUCGAUGCCAGGUCUGCAUCACGUCGCGCAACGCACCCCGGAAGUAGACAAACUGUCGAAACAUAUGCCUUCAUGCAAACAUCACUCUCGCUCAACAUGUUGAAGCGCAAUUUGGAUUUUACAAAUGAUCGCAGUAAACAACAGAUGCACAUGCGAGAACAUGAUCAGCGAACAUAUCGUACUCAAUUCCUUUCUAAAGAUUCUGAUUUCAGUCAUCAAGAAAGCAAAAGCCCAGAGAACAUGCGGGCACCAGCCAUGCAAUAUCCCGAGAUACCUCACCCUGUAUUCUUGUUCAAGCCGCAGAGUACCCAAACUGACUCGUCCGUUGCAUCGACGUCUUAUUCAGACGCUUCGUCAGUCAGAGGUCGCAGACUCCACACUGAUUCGCGAUCCGCGUCGAACAGUUCGCUUGCCGGCAGCAUCCGGUCUACCUUGAAACGAAGGGCCAUAAUCAACACUGCAGAGUCCAGCAGAAGUCGAACGUUGCUUGGAACCUCACCAAGUCGCCUCAACAGUAGAGGUCACAUUAGUAUGUCUCACAAAGACGAGGGACGUAUCGAUCAAAACUUUCCGCCGUCAUCUGUAGCACUGUCCAGCUCUCUGGCCACUCCCUACUUUCCUCUAGAUCAAGUCGAUCCUGAUCUGACCAAUGUUCCCUCGUUUCCUGCUCUCCCUUCUUCGCUUGACAAUGACAAAAAUGAUGGUCUCGACUUCAACGAUAUAUCGACUGGGAGUUUGGAUGAAAGCUUUACUCACACAAGUCUGCUGAUUAAAGCAGAACCUGGUAUCCGGUUUUAUUGUACACCAGAGUUCAUCCGGUGUGUCUCAAGUCUUCUUGAACUCAUUCAAACUCGACGCCCUGAAGAUAUGAUCGAUGAGUUCCAGGUCAAGGUCAUGACGAAGAUUCUGGACAACAGAACCCGUCUUGAGGGUAAAGGAAGCUCACUCGAAUUCAGCAUCCGCAUACCCUUUGCGCAUGUUCGUUUUCACCAUAGCCUUACUACCUAUUCGAACAGCCAAAGUGGGAAAGACCAGUACGACGUUGUUCUAAAUCAACUCAAGGUAGCUGCUCGAAUCAAGAAGUUCCCAGGGGAACGAGCUGGCGAGGAUCUGUUAUCUCUGCACACCACUCUAGGCUCUCUUGGAGUUUCUGUAAGCGAACGUACGCCUCAAGGCCUGAACCAAGACGUCGCAGUCCAAGCAGAGAUCAAAGAUGUGCUUAUCUGGACGUUGCAAAACAAGGCUACAUCGGUCAACGUAAACUUCCGAUCUUUCGAGGUCGCUACUGCCAGCAAAAAGAUUCAGUAUCUAGCUUCGCUCAUCCACCGGACGACUAUCCUAGCCGAUGAGUUGGUGACAAGGUUUAUCGAGGUGGAUAGAAAUCAGCAAACUCGACUACAAUACCUAGCGUGGUACCUCACAGGCGUACAAGAUAAAUACCCAGACCCCGCCUUUUUGACGAAAGCAUCGUAUACGCUUCGUGCGGCAAGAGACCAUCUGCGUAGUCACGAUUCGUGGAAACUUUGUUCUCGGAUUCGCUACACAUGGCAAUGUCUCCCGGAGCAUGAAAAAACUGAGCUUACUAAUCACUGCUCCCAACGAGUAGUCACAUGUCCUGAUGAUGUAGAACAGAAGAUCAGCGAAAGGUGGGAUCAAUGGCGUGCAUGGGACUUAGCACAUGUCAAGAAGAGCUUAGCGGUACAGAUGAUGUUUGGUCAUACUCCUGAAACACUACCGACACCUCAAUCCGCGCCUAUGAACAUUGACGUCAAAUCAGCAAGCCUGAAGUUGAUCGUUGACCCAGGACCAAGACAGACCGAGGUCGAGUUACGCAUGCUGGCGAUCAAUGUUGUAUCGCUACCUCCGACAGAACCAACUGGGCUCAUGCUGGUAGGAACCGACGUGCCUAACAAGUCAACUCUCAUCCAAGUCAGCUCAAAGGAUUGUUCUUUGCACGUUCAGUGGGAAAUCUGCGAGCUUGUGGAAGCAUUGUCGGAACUGUUCCGCGAAGAACAACUCAGUUCGGCUGAAACGACCUCACAAAAGCCCUCGCAGGCUCUGCAGAAGAAAGAGCCAAGUUUUGACCAGGUCAUGCACGUCGUGGUGGUGACCGAUAAGGCCCAAGUCAUUCUCGAUACCAUCAACCUCCGCUACACAAUGACAGGUCAACGCUUAAGGCUCUCCUUUGUCGAUGCGGACAGCAAGGCCUCCGGUCUUGGUGAGACAUUGACUGCGCAAGUUCAUGCUGAGCUAGCUGUGAGCGAGUUGUCUUCGCGAUCGAGGACGUUAACCAGAGCUCAAUUUCAACAACCGAACCUCUAUUUUGCUCAGAUCGAGCAUGAACGCGGCAGCUCUGUUCCAACCGAAAUCAAGAUCGCAGCCAAAAGUCGCAAGAUCAUUGUGAAAGUGGAAGAAGACAUUCUCGGUCUUAUUGAAGUGAUCGACUCUGUCGUACGAGACGAGGUGGCAUACUUUCAUCGACAGGCUACGGUCUUGCAGGACCUCAAGUCAGAAAAGAAGAAGGAAGAGCAGCCUAAACCAGAAGCUGCUCAGUUGCCAAAUAUCACACUCGCUCUGUUCAUGGAUUCAUAUCAAGUCGAGCUUACGCUGCUCCAACCGCUCGGCUGGUCAAUCACAGGGUCAUCCGGGCGCAUUGCCGUACUCCCAGCGCUCGGCAAGAAUGUGACGUUACAAGUUGACUAUGACAUCGAAGCCUGUCUCCAUCGGAUGUAUAGCAAUUCUGCUGACGGGGUCAACAUUAUUAGCACAUUCGAGUUGCCCCCAGUCAACGGACGACUGAAUGUCACACAGAACGAACAAGAAACCAGGGUAUCGGCCUCCGGCAUGAUCGACACAAUUAAGCUUCAAGCCUCAGAACUACAAGCUCUCAUCACAACCAUCAGCAAGCCAGAAGUGUCGAACAUGUUCCAAGCGGUUCAAGAUGAUAUUGAGGUGCUAAAGACUCACAUUGAGGAGAUAUUCCCAACGAGUUCGAACUCUCCUGUAGUCACAGACCCCAACGCAUCGAGGGACGUCCUAUUUGGGGUGCAAAUGACGAUGUCAGGAAUGCAAAUUACCGCAAAUGCCCCAGGCCAACAACCAGAUUCACCAAAAGCGAACCUCGCCGUUCGACUAUCAUCUGUGCAACUGAAAGCCACAAAUAUCGACUCGGAUCAAAAGAUCAUGCUGUUUCCGCAGGCUGUUGUUCGCAUCCACGAAGUCAAGAUUGAAAUGACGUUAGUGGAUGCUGACUCUGUUCGCCGUUGUGGAAAUCUCGCCUUCAGUGCAGUAUUCCAAGCUACAACUGAGAAAGACUCUUCGCCUACUCGAAGACUCUACAGUGUCCGCAGUUCAGGGCUUGAGGUCAACAUGUUUGCAGAUACUGCGUCGGCUGUUGUAGACGUCAUGAACCAUAUGCAAGACAAAAUCAAAGAUUUAGACCUUUCGAAAGAGAAGAAGUAUCUCAGGCGGCUUAGGAACACGAAGAGUAGAAUGGCUACCAAUCGCGACAAGAGUAUCAAGAGCGAUGCGAAUACAGACACUGAUAGUGUCAGCUCUGGUGCUUUGUUCACGUCCACGUACUCCUUGGAGCUGCUCGAUAUGCAAAUCAACUGGAUCGUCGGGACGUCAAUCGCGCCCUAUGCUAGGAGUGAGACCGAAGACCUCGUACUGUCUUUCAAGAAGAUUGACCUCUCUACCCAAAAGGAUGAUGCAGCACGCUUGACGAUUGAGGACAUGCGACUACAAAUGGUGCCUGUUUCGGCCGACAAGAAGGUCCGGUCCGCCAAUUCAGCUCUACUCCCCAAAAUGGUGUUCAACGUAGCAUAUGCUUCUACAAAGGACACCCGAAAGAUGGCAUUUCACGCCGCUGGGAAAGCGCUCGAUCUUCAACUCGACUCGCGUUUUAUCCUUCCUGCCAAUGUCAUUGAACGGUCGAUCGCUCUUGCGGGGAAGAAGUUGCGGACGGCUUCUGCAAAUUGGAGCGUGACACCCACCACGACCGGUGCUCAACGCAAGAGUGUGUUUGGUAAUAAACGACUUGCAUCGCUCACAGUCGAUGCAAGCUUCGCUGGAGCUGUUGUACAUGUCAGCGGAGGCGAAGCUUCGCCAGCUCAACCUGCAUCAAAUCGAUCGCAACGGAAAGGCAGGUACAGCCAGUUCGUAGGCGAUGGUUCUAAGAGCAGUUUGGCCCUGCGAGCACCAGGUGUAGCAUUGCGAGUGGAAUACCAAGACGAUGGGCAUGAUCCAGCUCUCAACGCCGAGCUCCGAGUUGACGGUUCAGAUAACACUCUACUGCCUACAGUGGUACCGAUAAUGAUCGAUAUAUCUGAAAGCAUCAAGGCGGUUGUCCGUGAGAAGGACGAUGCAGGUUCACCUAGCUCGCCGGAAGAUUCGCAGACGAAGCCAGCCACCAAGAACUCGGAAGAAGAAAACAAUAUCAUCACAGCCGACCCUACCGCGCUCUUGGGCCGAACAAGGCUCAACCUGGGUCUUAGAAUUUGCAGACAAGAGUUCAGUCUCAGCUGUCAGCCUAUUGCGCGUGUUGCAGCCGUCGCCAAACUGGAAGACAUAUACGUCACCGUCAACAGUGUCAAGUCGCAAGAACACGGGCAUUUCUUUGCUGUAUCUGCCGCAUUCCAAAAACUCCAAGCUACAGUCCAGCAUGUGUAUUCUCGAGAAUCUACGUUUGGUCUGGAUGUCGAAUCGAUUGUGUUGUCUGUCAUGAACAGCAAGCAUCUCAGCGGUACUAGUGGAAUUUCGGCUAUACUGAAGAUCAAUCCGACCAAGCUCCAGAUCAACGCUCGUCAGCUUCAGGAUUUCCUGCUGUUCAGAGAGAUUUGGAUACCACCGGAGAUAAGACAGUCAUCCAAGGCUUUGACUGUGAACGUGAGCUCGAACUCCGAGCCGCAAGAGUAUCUUAUGCAACGGUACCAACAAGUCACGGCUGCGACAGCUUUCCCAUGGAAUGCUAAUGUGGCGAUCGCGGACGUUGUGGUCGAUUUGGAUCUGGGUCAAGCCAUCGGAAAGUCGUCGCUCCACGUCCAUAACAUGUGGGCUUCGUCUAAGAAGGGCACUAACUGGGAGCAAAACCUGUGCCUGGGUGUUGAGAAAGUCGGCCUCGAAAGUACGGGACGCACAAGUGGCUUCAUCGAGCUUGCCGGCGUCAAGGUGCGAACAUCUAUCGCGUGGCCGUUGGAAGCGUCAAACAGCCGCCAAACGCCACUCAUUCAGGCAUCGAUAGCCUUCCGUCAACUGCGCGUCAAGACCGGGUUCGAUUAUCAAGCAUUUGUCAUGGCGGACAUUGCCAACUUCGAGUUCCUGAUGUACAAUGUUCACGAAGAAGGUCAGGGUGCACAGGACCGUCUGGUUGCUAUCCUCGAUGGCGACAAGGUUCACGUGUUCUGCCAUGCUACAAGCGCUGCACAAGGUCUGGCGCUGUACCAAGCUGUCGAGCGGCUGGUACAAGAGAACCAGCAAGCAUACAAGCAGUCGUUGAGGGACAUUGAGAAGUUCCUACGCCGCAAAUCCUCCGUGUCGAUGCCUUUUGAUCGCUCACCUUCCCAGAGUACGAUCCUUCCUAAGCCCGACAAGGAACCUUUCAAAGCACCAAUCUCCCUGCACACAGACGUUGUGGUGACGCUGCGCUCCAUCAAAUUCGGCAUCUUCCCCUCAUCAUUCAUAGACAACCAAAUCCUCACGCUAGAAGCCGGCGACAUGCAAGCCCGCUUCGCCGUCGCGCUCGAGAAAGAGAAGAUCCACUCCAGCCUAGGCAUGACACUAGGCCAACUCUCCGUCGCGCUAUCCUCCGUACCAGCGCCCAAAAACAGCCGCCCCAUCAGCGAGCUCAGCGUCGAAGACGUAGCCGAAAGCGCGCGCUCCGCCAAAGGCGGAACCAUCCUGCGCGUCCCCAAAGUAAUCGCCACAAUGCACACCUGGCAGAUCCCCGAGAACAACCACAUCGACUACCUGUUCCGCAGCUCGCUCGAGGGCAAGGUCGACGUCGGCUGGAACUACAGCCGCAUCUCGUACAUCCGCACCAUGUGGUCGAACCACUCGCGCACCCUGGCCUCCCGCCUGGGAAAACCCCUCCCGGAGUCGAAUAUCAAGAUUAGCACGUCUCAGACUGCUCCGCUACCGUCGGACAACACUGCUACGACUCCCUCGUCGACAGCGCGCCCCCGCGCGGCGUCCGUGUAUGGCGAGAACGGAGAGAAAAUCACAGCCGUUGUCAAUGUGCCCCAGUCGAAGUACGAAUACACGCCCCUCGAGCCGCCGCUCAUCGAGACUCCGCAGCUGAGGGAUAUGGGUGAGGCGACGCCGCCGCUUGAGUGGAUCGGCCUGCAUCGUGACCGGUUGCCGAACGUUACGCAUCAGAUUGUUAUUGUUACGCUGUUGGAGGUUGCGAGGGAGGUGGAGGAUGCUUAUGGGAGGAUCUUGGGGAGCUCGUAGAUGGUUUGUUUGUGGGUUUAGGGCGUUUUGGGGGUGCAUUUUUGGUGUUUUUGCUUGGGAGAUGGGGGUUUUGUUGGCAUGUGUGUUCCUGUAUGUAUAGAAGCUAGGUUUGCACGUAAUAUUGUUAGUUUUUUCUUCUUAGUCAAUUAUCAGUAUUGAUGUCAAGCCGUG